CGCCGGGCAUGUUUAUAUAUCAGGGUCCACGAAAGCUGAGGCGGAAGUUCACACUUAUCCUUGAAGAGCAGAAAGGUGCGAUACACACAUUUCCAAGUCUCAACCUCAAGUUUACACCAUUUCAAACCUGGCCUUGUAACCGCCAUCAUGUACAACAACAACAACAACAACGGAUACCAGCAGCAAGGUGGCUAUCAGCAAGAUAGCCGUCAAGGUCUCGCGAAUGAAUACUACUCCGAGGGCCAGGGCCAGCAGUAUGGCGGAAACCAGCAAUCCUACAACCAACCUCCGCCCCAGUACCAGCAGCAAACCUUGCAAUACGGACAGCAACCUCAACACCAUGGCGGCUAUAACUCCCCUCCGCCAAACGAGUCCUACGGCCAGCGCGACAACCGUGACCCCGAAUACGGUGCCCCCCCGAGCACCGACGGCCAAGAAACCUCGCGCGGCUUCCUCGGCGCCGCCGCCGGCGCAGCUGUCGGCGGAUACGGCGCAUACAAGCUCGCCGGCCCCGCGACCGGGCACAGCAAGACUUCCGGGCUGGUGGGCGCACUCGGCGGCGCGCUGACAGGGCACGUGAUCCAGAACGGUGCCUCGCACUGGAAAGACAAGCGCGACGAGAAGAAGGAGAAGGAGAAGUGGGAGAAGGACGAGAAGCAGAAUGGCGGUCGACGUGACAGCAACGAGCACCGCCUCGGGGGCAAUUUCGCGGGCGGUUUCACGCGCUCGUCGAGGGACGUGCGGCUCGAUGCGCACGGGGAGUUCAACCUGCACGCGCAGUGUCGGCGCGAGGAUGGGUCGUGGCAGGGGAGCACGCUGUCUUUGAACCGCAUUCUGGAGAACGACGACGGCAGCUUCCGGUGGUCGAGUGGGCGGCCGUCGGGUGGCUCGUCGGCGAUUACGGUGCAGGCUGGGGAUACGCUGCGGGCGAUUGCCGCGAGGCAUAACUGCGAUUUCCAUGAGCUGGCAAGACAUAAUGGGAUUCAGAAUGAGGACAUGAUAUACCCGGGUCAGAGGCUGGAGGUGCCGGGUGGCGGGUACAGCGGUGGUGGUGGCGCGGCCAACUUUGGGGCUUCGGCAAGGAAUGUAAGACUGGUGGAGGGCGGACAGGUGCUUGAGGGGGAACUGAGGAGGGGCGGGGACUGGGUGACGAGCAGGAUUGUGUUGGACGAGAGGAUAGGGAAUAAGAACGGGUGUCUGGAGUUGGUGUAGAGAGCGGUUGGGAAGCUGUAGGCUCACUUGUCGUUCUAAGUUUCCAGGCGUAUACUGUUCUGGCAGACCAAGGAUCAAAUCCAAGUUGACAAGCCUGCGUCAAACCAUGGAGUAAAAAGAGAACCGACCACAGCAGCGCAUGGAAAAAUAUAACCAAGUGUAAUUGAAGACGUAGAGUGUGGCAUAGGUAAUAGUGAAUGGGUUGAGUUAAGCUGCUAGUUAUUUCCAGAUAUGCCAGUCCAAGGCCAACAGAGUAAAUCAAUCUAUACAGGGACUUAAAAACAUCCAGAAUCAGAUCCCAGUAUA